AAAUUCGGGUUUGGGUCAUUUUUGGGUCAAUAAUUUCGGGUCAACUUUCGGAUCACGGGUCGAGUCAAUCGGGUCAGGUCAGAAUUGUCAAGUCUAACACGUGGCUAAAUCCCAUUCAAUUCUAUUCUAUUCAAAUUUUUAAGCAUGACCGGUGGACCUGCGCCAUAACAUUCAAUACCACUCACUAAAAUACUCGCACUUCCUUUUUGCUGACUGUAUAAUUACACCUUCCACAAUUACCAAAACACCCUCAUUCACACCCUCAAUUUUCCACAAUCACAAGGGCGUAAUCGUCAAAUCAACCCUAAAAAACGCAAUUAAAAAAUAAAACUAAAAUUUCACUUCAAUUUUCUCUCUCCUCCGUCACUUUCUCUCUCCUAACACACUUUCUCUCUCCUCCAUUUCCAUCAUCAAUGGCUUCAACGGCAUUCCGUCUCCGCCGUAUUGCCGCCGUUUCCUCCGCCGCAACAAUCACAUUAACGGUCUCAUCUUCCAGAAAUGACCGUGGAACUACAGUGGGACCCGAAAUUCUGGCGAAAAUUUCCGACGCUUACGCUGUCGUUCCACCUCGACCGGCUCAAAUGUCGGCGUUGUCCGGUUCCACCGCCGACAAACCGCUUGAUGUGCUCGUGAUUGGCGGCGGUGCUACCGGGUGCGGUGUCGCGCUUGAUGCUGCUACUAGAGGUCUUCGUGUUGGGGUUGUUGAGAGGGAGGAUUUCGCUUCUGGAACUUCUUCUAGGUCUACUAAAUUAAUUCAUGGAGGUGUACGCUACCUUGAGAAAGCUGUAUUCAAUGUUGAUUAUGGGCAACUGAAACUUGUCUUCCAUGCCCUUAAGGAACGCAAACAGCUGAUAGAUAAUGCUCCACAUCUGUGCCACUCUUUACCAUGCAUGACCCCAUGCUUUGGAUGGUUUGAAGUGGUAUACUACUGGGCGGGAUUGAAACUAUAUGAUCUAGUUGCAGGGGCAAGAUUGCUACAUCUAUCAAGAUAUUACUCAGCACAACAGUCUAUUGAGCUCUUUCCCACUCUUACAAGAAUGGGAAAUGAUAGAAGUUUAAAGGGCACUGUAGUGUAUUAUGAUGGGCAGAUGAAUGACUCUCGACUCAAUGUUGGUUUGGCAUGCACAGCAGCAUUAGCUGGUGCCUCUGUGCUUAAUCAUGCAGAAGUUGUUUCAUUACUUAAGGAUGAAGUUGAUGGGCGGAUAAUUGGUGCAAGAAUACAUGACAAUCUCUCUGGAGAGGAAUUUGAUACAUAUGCUAAAGUUGUGGUAAAUGCUGCUGGGCCUUUUUGUGACUUUGUUCGGAAACUGGCUGAUAAGGCUGCGCCACCAAUGAUAUCUCCUAGCAGCGGAGUACAUAUUGUUCUCCCUGACUACUACUCUCCAGAAGGGAUGGGGUUAAUUGUUCCAAAGACUAAGGAUGGACGUGUUGUAUUCAUGCUUCCAUGGUUGGGAAGGACAUUAGCAGGGACUACAGAUUCUAAUACUGCCAUCACAAUGCUGCCAGAACCACAUGAGGAUGAGAUUCAAUUCAUAUUGGACGCUCUCACUGAUUACCUCUGUAUCAAGGUACGCCGAACAGAUGUUCUCUCUGCAUGGAGUGGCAUUCGCCCGUUGGCUAUUGAUCCAAGAGCCAAGAACACAGAAAGCAUAUCUCGUGAUCAUGUUGUUUGUGAAGAUUUCCCUGGUCUGGUUACCAUCACCGGUGGAAAAUGGACCACAUAUAGAAGCAUGGCUGAGGAUGCUGUUGAUGCUGCAAUUAAGGCCGGAAAUCUUAAAGCCAAUGAAUGCAUUACUCACAACUUGAUACUUACUGGUGGCCAUGGUUGGGAUCCUGCCAAUUUUACUGUUAUUGCUCAACAGUAUGUCCGAAUGAAGAAGACGUCUGAUGGAAGAGUCGUUCCUGGUGUCAUGGACACUGCUGUAGCAAAGCAUUUAUCGCAAGCAUAUGGUACAUUGGCUGAGCGGGUGGCUUCAAUAGCUCAGAAUGAAGGUUUGGGCAAGCGCCUUGCCCACGGAUACCCUUUCCUUGAAGCAGAAGUAGCUUACUGUGCUCGAUAUGAGUAUUGUGAGUCUGCAACUGAUUUUAUUGCUCGAAGAUGUCGGCUUGCUUUUCUUGAUACUGAUGCAGCUAGUCGGACUCUGCCCCGCGUCAUUGAAAUACUAGCAGCAGAACAUAAUUGGGAUAAAUCGAGAAAGAAUGAUGAGUUUAAGAAGGCUAAGGAAUUCCUGGAGACCUUCAAAUCAUCAAAAAAUGCUCAGUUUCAUGACGGUAAACAUGAGUAGGAUACCUAUUUCUAUCUUCGAUUUACUUUUUGGAUUACAGAAGUACUCAAGAAUUUCUAACUAUUGGCAAAAUUCUUGGCAUUGCCCUGCAUCUUUUGGUCAAGAUUGGUUCUUCGCCAAGUCUUCCAUAGGGCCAGAAGUUGACCCUUUUACAAAUAAUGAAACAUAAUCCCAUACUAUAUUACUGGAUUCUGUAAAGUCUAAACCACACAUAAAACUGUAAAUGCAUUUUUUACUUGUAGCAGUCAAAUGCAUCUUUUCUGACAUUAGAUAGUAGCCUAAGAUUACAAUUCUCAUCUCAAACGAUGGCCUUUUUUUUUUUUUUUUUUUUUUUUUUGGGG